AUUUAUUUCCCUCCACCCUCCACCCACUCCUCAACCUUCUCUUCUACAUCCACUCACAACCCAUCCGCAUUCAGGAACCGAUCAAACCUCAUCAACACCAAAACAAACCCCAUCAACUUUCAUCCCCCACAACACAGUCGCAAUGGCCCGCACUAAGCAGACCGCCCGUAAGUCCACUGGUGGCAAGGCUCCUCGCAAGCAGCUUGCCUCCAAGGCCGCUCGCAAGAGCGCCCCCUCUACCGGAGGUGUCAAGAAGCCUCACCGCUACAAGCCUGGUACCGUCGCUCUUCGCGAGAUCCGUCGCUACCAGAAGUCCACUGAGCUUCUGAUCCGCAAGCUCCCCUUCCAGCGUCUGGUUCGUGAGAUCGCACAGGACUUCAAGUCCGACCUCCGUUUCCAGUCGUCUGCCAUCGGUGCCCUUCAGGAGUCUGUCGAGUCUUACCUCGUCUCGCUCUUCGAGGACACCAACCUCUGCGCUAUCCACGCCAAGCGUGUCACCAUCCAGUCCAAGGACAUCCAGCUCGCCCGCCGCCUUCGCGGUGAGCGCAACUAAGCGCCUCACAUUUUGGUUUUCUCUUUUCAUGGGUGGUUUACGACUCGCGUUUGGGAAUGCUUGACGAAUGGACCGUCUUGGUUUUGGGGGUAAUUUGGCGUUUACAAUGCGUUGAAGAAUAACGCAAGGGUUGUACAUUACAUAGCAGUAAAGGAUGACUGCAUUCAAUGGCAAACACAUGAACACUAGUUAUCCUACUCGUUCCCCGUGAUGAGAUAGCUGCUCUAUAUUGCAUGGCAGUCGGCACAACCGGCGUGGCCAGACAUUCACGAACGGACCUCUUUGAUUGGCACUGCCCCCCCAGAGAUCCGAGGCGUUACCGACCAUGAGCGACCCGAAAUGUGGUUCUAGGAGAACUCGUCUACCCCCUGCUUCAACGUCAUAUGGCUGGAAAAAUGGAGAACAGGCUCAGUCAAAGACAAUACAGAUCAAACAAUGUUGUAAUAUUACGUGCUU